AUGGAGGGAGACUUCCGGCGCCACGGCUUCUGGGGAGUGUUGUCGUCUGGCAGAGCUCAGGAGGAUGCGGGCGCCGCGCUGACCUCUCCGUCCCCCCCCCCCCUCCGUGGUCUUAACCUGUGUCCGGCUGUGUCCCCGGCGCCCCCUGGCCCCCCCGUCUCCGGACUGAUGCUGCCGCUCCGCUGA